CGCCAUAGUCAAUAUCGCUGCCUGUAACUGCCUGAAAGCGCUAGGGCUCGUCCGGAAUCCACAGAAAACCCUCGGCGAACUAUUGUUGUUGCCACAUUGUUGUGAUAUUGGUCGAUCAAGACGCACGGAGAAUAUUGCUUAACAGUCUAACACAUUAGUUUGAUGAUGUUAUAGACGAGUAUAUUUUUGUGAGCCUGAUUCGUGUCGGGUAUCCACCGUCUGAGCGAGUUGGCUGGAAACCAAGCUGCAUCAGGAGAAACGUGUGUUCUCACGUACAGACAUUCUCUGGAUUAACAGUUACUCAUAGAUGACGUCAAUCAGGGUGGCGAAGGUCGUGUAGACUUUCCCGGAUGUGAGGUGUUCCUGGCAGUGGUUGUGGACCCCAGUAUGAGCAUGCCUCGGUCGCCACGCUCCAGUACGUCGGAGAAUCUGCUCCAGUUAAACCUAAAAGAUCAUUAUCAGCUCCUCAAGGAUCUGGGCCGGGGGACGUACGGCAAGGUUGUUCUCGCAAAGUGUCUAGAGACCGGUACAAACGUCGCUUUAAAGGUUCUACCAAAAAGUUCCACCAAGUUAAAGGAGUUUCAGCGUGAAUUUCAGUACAGUUACUUUCUUUCUCCUCAUACAAACAUUGUUGACACAUACAAUGUCGCGUUUGAGACAAGGGGCUCGUUUGUUUUCGCGCAGGAGUAUGCGCCUGUAGGGGAUCUGUUCGACGCCAUUCCGCCCCAAGUAGGCAUGAAGGAAAAAGAUGUGAAAUUGGUUGUGAAACAAAUUGCAUCUGCUCUCGAGUUUAUGCAUAGCAAACAACUCGUACAUCGUGAUAUUAAGCCUGAAAACGUUCUCAUUUUCGAAGAUGAGUUUAGCAAAGUUAAACUUAUGGAUUUCGGUAUGACACGAAAGGAUGGUACUGUGAUACGAAAGACGAACGGUAGUAUCCCAUACACGCCCCCUGAAAUAUGUGAAGCUGUCCGAAACGAAAACAUCACGGUGUCAACUAGCGGCGACGUGUGGGCUUUCGGAGUACUCUUAUUUUGUAUGCUUACCGGUAAUUUCCCCUGGGAGAAUGCCGACAUCGGUGAUAUAUACUUCAGUGAAUUUGUGACAUGGCAAAGAAGGAAGACUUCAAAGAUUCCAUCGCAGUGGAAGCGAUUUACGCCAAAAUUUCUCAGAUACUUUAGAAAAGCUCUUGAUAUCAAGCCGGAGAAGCGUUGUGAAAUGAAAGAGAUCAACAAGUAUAUUUGUGACAGUUGGCUGCUCCCUUGUAGGGGAUCAGGCGAUUCUUCGGAAGAGGAAGAAGAGUGUGAGUCGGAGAGUGACCAGGGUGACAACCUGGCGUCGAUCCUGCAAAACCAUGGGAUCGACACAAAGGUAGACAAGCACUUGAGGGACGUCCGGAUAUCAGAGUGGCUCCUGUCUUUGUGACUAGUUAGGGAGACGCGCCGCAUCCUCUAUCAGGAUGUCGGAGCGCUGCGGUGCGGAGGUUCUAUGAUGCGCCUUGUGUUUGUGAUGAUAACGUUUAUAAGCAUUCUUGUGAUGAUAUUUCAAUGAAAGGAUAUUUCAUAUGUCUCAAUUUGUACGCUGUUAUGUACGUAAAUAUAUUCCUUUGAAUUCUUAUGAUCAUCAAGUAUUUAUAUUUUUGGUAUUUUAAAUGAUAUUAACAAUCUAAGGACACAAUUUGGUUGUAUGUACUUGUAAUUCUAUAUAGGCUGUUGAAGGAAAUACAUAAGAGAGCACUCGUACAUUCCGUAGAUCGUGUCAUACAAACACUUAUCUUUUACAUUCUGUUCAUUGAGUUCAAUAGAACUAGUGUCCCAGUCUCCAUCAUGCUGUCAAAAUAUUUUAUAAAUAUAUGUUGUUUGUAACAAAUCAACUGUGGUGCAGCCAGAAUACGUCAAUAUAUGUUUAAGUAUCGGAUGUUCGAAUAAUAUUUUCCCUGAAUAAUGCGAUUUGUAAUAUAAAUUGCGAUGCCUGCGACCCCGUUUAAUUUUAAACACACUGAAGGGUUUCGAUAAUUGAUUUUACCUAUGUAAAAUACAUGACCAAAAAUACAUUGCAUUUAAAGUUAUGGCAGUUAUUAUUUUGUUUUUAUUUCAACAAUAAUCAGAGUGAAAUCACUCACUGUUUUUUCAAGGUCAAUACAGCCCUUGUGCAGUCUUUUAAACGGCUGAUAUUAACAUGUUCGUCCUCUGUCUGUUAAACCCUUUCAAAUGACGCCAGAUUGAUACAGGGUCACCAGGCAUCCUCAUUUCACAUUAUUGUUCAACUAAUACCUUAAAGCUGCACUCUUACAGACCAUUUUAACAACUUUUUUUUGUCUUGGAAACAGCAAAUUUUUGCGAAAAUAUCUGCAAACCAAUGAUAUAAGAUUGCUGACUAAAAAUCAGAUCGUAGAUUUUCAUACUUCCGUUCGAAAAUUAAUAUUUUAUGGCUUAAACGGUUUAAGGAAAGUGCAUAAAAUAUCAAUUUUUGAACUUAUAUAUAAAAUUCUGCGAUCGGAUUUUUUCAGCAGUCUUAUAUAAUUGGUUUCCAUGGAUUUUCGCAAAAAUUGACUCGUUCCAAGUCAAAAAAUAAAAAAAGUUCAAUCUGUAUUCUGUUUGUCACAUGUACGACAUUUCUCCUAGAAUUCCGGAUGAAACGGCCUCAGGGUCAGGCCACUUUCAUAGGAAAUCAAUAUUUGAAAUUAAUGUGUUGAGCUAAUAGUUUUGUCGUAAAGAGCUUUAAGUAUUUAAAUAUACGCGAUAUUGCAGAGCUAUGCUUGCCAUUUUAAACAAAAAAUAGUGUUAUAUACAUAAUUUAUUAUAAAAGUGAGGACGAAAGAUGGGAGCUUAGCAAAGAGAGAACAAGUUCCAGUACUGCCAUGGCCAGAAGCUGAUUCAUAUCAUCACUUUAGUGCAAGAACUCAAUAUCUGCUUUAAUUUCUAUAUGCAAUUAUUGAGUUAUUGUACUAAGGUGGGCGAUAUGACAUUUUUUCCAGCUAGGUUUGAUAUGAAAUGUAUUUAAAUUCUCGAGUCGAGAAUCGUCAAAAUGAUUAAUUAAUGAAAAGCAAUAAGUCAUAUAUUGAGCUAUAUAUGUUUGUUGUCCAUGUGAGGGUGCUACAGUGGCUGAUGGUGGUGACUGUGUUUAAUCAUCGGCAAAUUUGUUUUGUUUUGUUUGUGUUGUUUUCGUCUUCCUUUAAUUAAUACAUAAACUUAUGUUUUAUCAUUAUAUCGUCACCUUAAUGCAAAACCUCAAUAUCUGUUCUAAUUAUGAUAUAAAAUUAGUGAGUUCUUGCUGUAAGGUGACGAUAUCCAUACUACUUUAUCUUUAUUUAUUGUUCAUUUCGAUGUAAAGUCUGAACUUUUUGAAAUGUUUGCUUGUUACAUUGCAAUUUAGCUGUUGUUUACAGGAAAGGUACACACACCUGUUAUAAUACUAUUGUUAUAGAUGUAUAUUUUGAUGGUGCGAGUACGGUGGAAUAAAUAAGACUACAACUAA